CUAGACACCCUUUAGAGUAGAAGUUCAACUCAACCCCCUGCUGAAACUGAUCGGUCCCGUAGAGUGAAAAUAAACAUUUGUCCACAGUGGAACACUUUUCGAUUACCAAUUAUACGUUACACUGCUUGCUGCACAUUUCCAUGGCUUCUCUUUCGCUCUAAAUCUUCAACGUUCUACAAGCUAGAUAGUUGAAUCACUGACCGGAAAGCUUGAUCGUACGCACGAUCUCAGACGUUAGACGGUUCGAGAUCUGAAUAGUGUAGCUAGGCUUGCAUUCGUAGCGAACAUACCUAUAUCCUGUAAAUUUGGGGUCAGGUCUUCGUCUUCCAUUCGUCACACUUUAUCUUAUACCUACGUACAAACAAGUAUUUUACAGAUAAUAGCACUAGAUUAUAGGUAAUGCAAGUAUUUAUAGAUAAAUGUAUAGCAUCAGAAACCUACAGUAUCGUUGGUCAAGAUUGCCGCUCGACGGAGUUUGUGUGAGGAUUCUUUUUUGCAGAGUCUGCAAGCCACUGGUUAUCUUCUAGGACCUCUUUUCACCUUUCUUAGCUACCAUUGGCAUAUUUAAUUAAUUAACAAGCUAAGAACAAUGAUGUUUGAUCUCGACACUGAACGGGCCUAUCCGUCGAGCAGCCCUAUUUAUUGCUAGGCAAUAUAAGAGAAGUUAUUUAUUGUAUCAAGUCAACCCAGCGACUAUUUCAACAGGACGAGACAUCAAUAGAUAUGGCCACGUUCUACCUGGCACUAUUUGUUACGACAGUAGCAAUUUCUCUCGGUCAAGAGAAGCCAGAUUGUAAUACUGCGGAUUUCCAUGGCUGUAUGCCGAUAGGCAGAUGUUCUGAGGACGCAGUUGCAUAUAAUAUGACCUGUGGCGCUACGUCGGUGUGCUGUGAUUUUCGAAGCAACAAAAAAGACCCAUGCCGCAAUGUUUUCGGUGGAGAGUGUCUUGACGUAACUUCCUCGAAGUUACCGAAUUGUCUAGAACCGAAUGCCGCUAUGGACACUUGCGGCGAGGGAAAGCACUGUUGCGUCAAUUUAGCGAAAUUCUAACGUCGUUCGUAUUCAUAGCUGCUUUAAUCGCCGGACGAGCUCAACAUCAACUGAAUAAAGCCUUCCCCCUAACAACUGAUGCCUUCGAUCUAAUCCGAUAUAAAGUGGGCUCGCUCCGUUCCUACGUUGCUUCCGGGACCGUGCAGGGGUAUUCGAGGAGGAGUGGCAAGAUGGCGCCUCACAUGUUCCGUGUUAAGCUAUUUAUCUUACAAACAGACCUCUAUGACAGUUGCUGCUGGCACAGAAGUCGGCAUAAAGGACUGCGGGCCAAGAAAACAUACCCCCAGGUGCAGCUUCGAUGUCAUGAUAAAAAAAAAUUGAAAAACAUCGCAGUGUGAGCCAGGCUAAUUGUACAAUAAAGCAGUAGAACACGGAUCUAGUGAAAACUGUGUAGAAAAUGUACUUGUAUGACAGCAUCUAAAUAGUCGAAGAAUAAAUGAAGAUGACGGGGCCCAGCUGGUAAUCGGACAUUCGUAAUAUCUGUCAGGUGCCAAACCAUUCUUUUCCAGCAGUAAAGAAGCUCGCAAACGGUUUGCGACGAAACGAUUCACCGUGGAGACGUCAGUGAUGCGUUGGCUUCUCGUAGUGCUAGCAAUGGUGGUCACUGGACACGGGAACGCCGCUCAUCAUGGCCAUGCGCACCAUCGAGCCAUACAUCGCCGCGCUCGUGAGCCUAAAGAACUACAUUUAGCUGCCGUAUUCCCGAUGCAAGGUCACGGCGGCUGGCUUGGUGGGCAAGGCUGUUUGCCGGCUGCUUUGAUGGCGCUUGAAGACGUUAACAACCGUACAGACCUUCUGCCUGGCUACAGACUACGACUUCAUUGGCGAGACAGUCAGUGUAAUCCGGGCAAAGCCGCAAGUGAGAUGUAUGAUCUUAUCUAUGACUUCCCAACGAAACUAAUGAUGCUCGGCGGGUGUUCAAUCGUCUCGUCUACAAUUGGGGAAGCUGCGAAAAUGUGGAAUCUCAUUGUUGUGUCGUAUGGUUCUUCUAGCCCGGCGUUGUCUAAUCGAAAGCGGUUCCCCACGUUUUUUCGAACACACCCUUCGGCGACGAUCCAUAACCCCACGCGAAUUAAACUCUUCAACAUGUUCGAGUGGAGUCGCAUAGCAAUUAUUCAGGAAGCUGAGGAAGUCUUCACUUCGACGGGCGUUGACCUGGAAGCCCGAUGCAAAGAAGCAAAUAUCGAGGUGGUGUCUCGAGUGAACUUCAUUACAGACCCAACCGACGCCGUUAAAACACUCAAGCGUCAAGACGCACGCAUCAUCGUGGGUAUGUUCUAUGUAGCGGCUGCACGACGGGUCUUCUGCGAAGCGUUCCGCCAGAAAAUUUUCGGGAAACAAUACGUUUGGUUGCUGAUCGGUUGGUACGAGGACGAUUGGUAUACCAUCCAGGAUAAAGGUCACAACUGUACGACGGAGGAGUUGAAGCAAGCGCUGGAAGGGCACAUUACGACCGAGGCGUUGAUGCUCUACAAAGAGGAAAACAAAACGAUCUCAGGAAUGACAUCUAAAACUUUCAUGGACCGUUAUAUUCAAACACUGGAAAAGGAUAACAACACAAACGGCAGACGUCCUGAAGGAUUCCAGGAAGCGCCGCUUGCGUAUGACGCCAUUUGGGCGGUAGCCCUAGCUUUGAACAAGACUAUUGCUCGGCUUCGUCAGCGAGGAGAGCUCAUUGAGAACUUCACCUAUACAAACAAAAGGAUCAUGAGCGAACUGUGGAAGGCGAUGAAUGCCACGCAGUUUCUUGGAGUCUCUGGCUACGUAAGCUUCUCGGCCAAGGGAGAUCGUAUGGCUCAGACGCAAAUCGAACAAAUGAUAAAUGGAACAUACUACAAGAUCGGCUAUUAUGAUUAUCCAACCGACGACUAUCAAAAAACCAAUUUCGAACCACAAUGGAUCGACGGAAAACCCCCACAGGACAGAACCAUCAUCAAGACGACCCUACGUACAGUUUCAUUAGGUUUAUACGCGGGUAUGACAAGUGUUGCCCUACUCGGUAUACUGUGGGCCGUAGGACUGCUUAUCUUCAAUUGGGUCUUUAGACACUCAAGAUACAUAGCGUGGUCGCAUCCCUCGUGCAAUAAUAUUCUGCUGUUCGGCGUCAUCGUGUGUCUAUUUUCAGUCGCCCUAUUGGGGUUGGAUGGCCAGUUCGUGGACGCCACGGUCUAUUGGCACAUCUGCCAGGCACGUGCGUGGUUACUGGCGAACGGGUUCAGUCUUGCUUUUGGUUCGAUGUUUUCGAAAAUCUGGAGAGUUCACCGACUGGCCACUAAGGCCAAAACCGAAUCAAAAGCGGAGAUACAGAAAAUUAAGUCAUGGAAGUUAUACUCUGUUGUGGGCAUCUUGUUGGCUAUUGACGCGAUCAUUCUCAUCUCAUGGAGCGUCAUCGAUCCUAUGCAGCGUAAGAUACAGGUAUUCCCUCAUGAAGAUCCACCGGGUGACGUUGAUGAAGACGUAAAGAUCCAGCCUGAACUAGAACUGUGUGUCUCCGAGCAUCACAAUAUCUGGCUUGGUGUCAUGUAUUCUUACAAGGGUCUCGUGUUGCUGUUUGGGAUCUUCUUGGCUUACGAAACACGGUCAGUAAAGAUUAAAGUGUUGAACGAUAGUCGUCUGGUUGGGAUGUCGAUUUACAAUGUUGUCAUCCUCUGCCUCAUCACUACGCCAGUGACGCUCGUGAUCGGCUCACAACAGGAUGCUUGCUUUGCUUUCGUGGCGUUAGCAAUCAUCUUCUGUUCAUACAUCUCCAUGACACUCGUCUUUAUACCAAAGAUUACUGAGCUGGUUCGUCGGCCUCGAGAGCGGCAAGACUGCCGAAGUCUUAUAGAUAACGCGUCCUCACGGGAAGAAGAAGAACGGCUCCGAAGACUUCAGAUAGAGAACGAAGCUCUCAAGAAACAAAUUCAGGAGAAAGAAGAUCAAAUUGAAGCGAUUAAGAAGAAGUUAGCCGAUCGCGCCAAAACUGCUAGCCAGGUUCAUCCUGCUCCGACGAAGGAGCCCGUAAGGACCACUGCAGGUAUGCCACUCAGGGUCCUAUCGGCAGCGACGACCAAUGCAGGUUCUGGAGGCAACCUCUCGCCAGCCGUAACAUCGCCUCAGAUCACCCGCCCUGCUACAGGCAAUACUGCUCAGGGACAGCAACGAGCUUUGGUAACUGGUGGCGGAAGCACCGGCCUGCAUGCCAUGCAGUGCACAACAGUCGGAGCAAGAAUGUCUCCACCUGCUUUGCCAAUUCCUAAUCCGCCUUCGGAUUCAGGUUUCGCUACGGGUGGACCCAUGUCGGCUGCGACGCUGUGUGGCAGUAAGCGCGGAUCUCGGGCAUCACACUCGGAUUUCGACUUUUCCGAAUCGUACCUUUGAGGGGGGGUGGUCGGGCGUGAGCCCGCUAAAAUCGAUUAACCCUAAAUUACUCCUCAGUGACACAACAGCUGGCACAAUAGUAAUCAUAGUAAUAAUUAUUACAUUGUAUAGUUAGCCGUUUCCCAAGUCAAUGCUGACGACCUGAAACGAUCUUCACUGCAGCAGACAUGCCAACUUCGCAGUAGAUCCACAACAAUAAUGCCACUAUGAUAUGUAACCCGUACGCGCCACUGUCUUCUCAUCAUGUGGCAUCGGGCCAGCAAGAAGAUUACAUGCCUCAUAACAAACCAACCGUUGAUAGCCGCUGAUUUAACUCGAACUGUAAAGCCAACGUUAAUGCAAUUUUGCAUAAAAUGAUAUAGGGCUUUAAUUAGGAAGGUGGAUGACCCAUCCGUGCAAAGGUUCUAGUGAAUGCCACAAUUUUUCCAAAUAAUAGGCGAAUAUUACACGUAGUAGUUGCCAGACAUAUCAUUGGUCCCAUUUAUGCGUUUGAACAAUAACAGUCUUCACGAUAGAUUUUAUAGAAGCUUCGUGAUGUACUUCUACACUACUGAACAUAAUAGAAAUGCUACCCUCCACACAAAAGCUUGUAGAGUCAGCUAAACGAAAUUUCGCGUUCAGCCAAAGAUUUCGGAUUAGCACAGAAAGCCUCGACAAUUUAUAAAAACAAUAACGAAAACGGUCGUUGUCUAUAAUAUUGUACGUAUAUCAAUGUGAAUGUUCAGGUGAUGAUAGUAUGAGCGGCAAUCAUCAUACAGACAUACAGUUACAUUAGAAAAAAAAAGACAUCUUUUACUGAGUGAGCAUGAGUAUCAUUAUACGAUCAACUGUGUCACAACAAUAAUCCGUGAGCGUGGCAGAGUGAUACCGGCAAAUAGGCGUAAAUUCGUUCGCCUAGAAUACCGCACCAAAUGACAGGGAGCGAGCACAUAUAUUAACGGGUCAAAUGUUAAUUAAACUGCAUAUAAUAAUAAUUUUACGACCUACGGCAUAAUGCCGUUUAAAGAAAGCCCUCUUCUUUUACAUUUCACGCCUCGCAGGGCAGUUUCAAUUGACUCAAGCUGUAUUAUAAACUGAAACAUCACCAACAUUGUCGUAUAAAUUAUACCUGAUUCUUUUUGUCAUUGUAAGUAACAUAAUCUGCGUAUGAUAUUUUUUUUAUAUUACUUCAUAUUACUUUUUUUCAUAUU